AAACAGACCCGCCCCAUGGAGAGAUGGGAGGCGGACCUCUUCAGCAAUAUGCUGACUUCGGAGAACGGUCGGGUGGCCCUACGGCACGCCUGGGUCACAGCCAGUCGAUGGGGCGAAAUCACCCUACGCCGGAAGGAGAAUUUCAUUCCCCACCCUCAAACCAAGGAAGCCCUCAUUGUAGAUUGGGGGGNCGCCUGGGUCACAGCCAGUCGAUGGGGCGAAAUCACCCUACGCCGGAAGGAGAAUUUCAUUCCCCACCCUCAAACCAAGGAAGCCCUCAUUGUAGAUUGGGGGGCCCUCCCAAAGACUUUCAAGAUCGACCCCAACAGAGCGGCGCGAUACGUAGUUAUCGGGGGAGAAGAUGCAAAGAGUAUGAGAGGCGUCACCAAAGGAAUGGUGGAGGGGGAAAGGCUCACAAAGUUAACCACAAGAGAUAUGGAAAACCUACUCCGCCCAUUUGGCAUGACAGCGCGUUCCAUCAAAAGAGGAGCACUGGCGCAAGCAGCCGCAGCGGUGAUCCAACACGAUCUCAACCCUCGACUGCGGGCUCAGUUGGGGAAACACGCAGACCCUCUAGAGCCACCACGCAGCACAGCUCGCUACAUAAGGCCGUGGGUCGCUUUGGUCAACAAAUCCGCACACCUGACGGCAUAUAUGUAG